CUCCUCAAGGGCUGUUGCGUCGCCUGCGGUGGCGGUUUCAAUAUGGCCUCUCUUGAAACACCACUUUUCUCUUUCGCUGUCUUCAACCUCCUUUUAACCGGGGAAUUGAGCGUCCACGCAUUGGAUGUGAUGGUGUCGCAGAGCAGUAUCCAGGUAGCCCGAGGCCAAGCAGCCGUCCUGCCUUGCUCCUUCAGCACCAGCGCUGCUCUCAACAACCUCAACAUCAUCUGGAUGGUGAUCCCACUGUCCAAUGCCAACCAGCCGGAACAGGUGAUCAUCUACCAAGGCGGCCAAGUGUUCAGCCUCGCGAACCACCUCAACGGACGUGUGGGCUUUGUGUCCACCAUGCCAAGUACAAGUGCCUCCAUCUUCAUCAACAACACCCAGCUGUCAGACACGGGAACCUACCAGUGUCUGGUGAACAACCUCCCGGACAGGGGGGGGCGCAAUAUUGGUGUCAUCGGGCUCACUGUGUUAGUGCCCCCCUCGGUGCCAGCAUGUCGAAUCCAGGGAACGCUGGAUGUAGGCAGUGACAUCAUGCUGUUUUGCAGCUCAGAUGAAGGUAUUCCAACACCGUCCUACUCGUGGGAGAAGCUAGACGCGCUGCCCAAGCUGCCGCACAACGCCAUGCAAGACCAAAUGCAGGGCACUGUAACACUGAGAAACAUCAGCACCGGUACCUCAGGACUCUACCAGUGCACCUCCAGCAAUGCCAUCGGCAAGAGCACAUGCCUGCUCAAUCUUCAGGUUGUUGCACCCCAGCCUCAGAGUGUGGGUCUGAUAGCAGGGACCAUUGCAACUGGAGUGCUGGCACUCAUCAUCUGCUGCCUGUUGGUGGUGGUCACCCUCUACUACUGGAAGAAUAAGAACAAAUACGAGGAGGAAGAAAUACCCAAUGAGAUCAGGGAAGACGACCUCCCGCCAAAGAGGUCCUCAUCAGUGAAAGCGUUCCACGCCGAUGCUUCAUCCUCAGAGAACGACACCCUGACCUCCACCAACACCUACAACAGUCGCUAUUGGCACAACCCCAAACCCAACUACGACACCAACUCGUACACGCGUUACAACGGAGACACGCGGCAGACCUUCGCCACCGCUGUCCAUGGCACACACGGACACAGACAGUCCCAGAACCCGGGACACGGACACGGCUCGGCGGUCACAGCACCGGGCUCCGCCCCGCUGUCUCGCCACCCUCAGCCCACCGCGACGACCACGUCCUCCUUUGCCAACGGCAGCCACACACUCCCGCCACCCAAGACCCUGGUGGUCACCACAAACUCAGCCCCAUCUCCCACCACCAUGGCGCGCAGCAACGGCUCCGUGAGCCUCAAGCCAGUGGUGACGCCCACGCACGGGCAGCAUACGCACUCGUACGCUGUGAGCCAGGCCACGCUGGAGCGGAUGGGAGCGGUGCCCGUCAUGGUGCCCGCACAGAGCCGAGCGGGCUCGCUGGUCUGAAAACUUUUGCGCUUAACUCUUUGAAAACAAAACUUUUUGGGUUGUUUUUUUUUCGUUUGUUUGUUUGUUUUGUUUUCUUUUUUUGAAAUCCAAUAAUGUCAACCAAACCGCAUAUGGGCUGAAACAGCCUGCUGUCCUUUAUUUUACUAUUACAACUGUGUCUUUCUCUACUCUGUGUGCUGCUGAUUUUUUUUUUUUUUUUUUAACUAAAAACAAAGUCGGAUUUUGCAGAGCAGAGUUCAAACAAGCUAAUGCCAAUUUAUUUAUUGAAAUGAUCUUACCUUUUAUUUGGAAGUACAAGACUGAAAUUAAAUCCGUUUUUUUAAUCACGUCGGAUGGUUUUGUAACGACAGUAUUGGUUUGUUUAUCGGUUUUCCGCUAAACAAUGCAGGCCUUUCAAUCUCAGUGUACCGCGCGGUUGGACUGGAGUGAACUCAAAUUCCUUUGUAAAGGAAUUAAAUCAGGAUAUUUUGUUUUUAUGUUCAACAAAUACAAAAACUGGGUUCUCGAUGAUGAUAACGAUGAUUUAGCUUUGAAAAAUUGAAUGUUCCGGUGUCUGUUGGGAGGUACUUUAAGAUGAACGUACGUUUGCGAUGGCCUUAGAGGAGAAGAGAAUGACAGGCUUUAUAGGUGCAAUACAUUGCAUAAUACAGCAUACUUAAUUUCAUGAAAAUGUUUUAAAUGUGUUGAUGCACUUUUUUUCGAGCAAUUUAGAGAGCCUACCAGCUUGUUAAGAACUGUCUUAACGAUGACAUGUUUUACCCCUACAAAUCUUCAAGUACGCAUCUCCAUUUUGUUUUUAAUUUGUUGUUUUUGUCUUUUAUGUUUUGGUUACAGAUAUAUAUUUUCUUGCUAUUUCUGAGACAAAAAUGGAGAUGUCUGCUUUAACUGUACUGAUAAAAUGUUGCUCUUCAAAGGAUGACUGAAGUUUACAUCCUGCUUUUUUUUUUCGUCUUUCCACUUCACUGCUGUCCUAAUCUGGUCCGUCACCUCUGUGCUGCUUUUAGGAAACCAUGUUUUUGAUGAAUUUAAUUCAUGCUUUAUAAAGGAAGAAAUAUAUACAGUAUUUAAAAGAUAAUUUGUCCCCCCUACCCACUGAUAAAAAGGAAAACAGCUUCUGUUUUUCUACUGUAUAUAUUGUAACUACAACUGUAGGGUAGAAUCGGAGUACAUUUCAAUUUGACUCGCGUGUCUUAAAAUUUUGUGGCGUUGGAGGCGCAGAAAGAAAAUAAUGCUGAUCCACUGAAGGGAUUUUUUUUUCUUUUAUUUGUAUUUUUAUUUUCCUCACAAAUAAUGACUUUUUUUUUUACAAGGCAGGCAAACCCAGUCUAUUUAUGCUGUAUGUGGUAGAAAUAUAUAAAACGUUUAUAUUUUAACCAAAUUUUCAGCAGAUGAACUCAGCUUUGUCAUUUCUUGGGUGUUAAUGCAAUCUACUAAAAGGCUUCUCGCACAACAUGAUGCCGCACUUAUUCGAAAGAGUUCAUGCUUUUUUUUUUCAGUUUUAUGAAUGUUUUAUUAUUUACAGUUGAAAAAUGCAAUCUCAAUUUUGUCUUUGAAACAAUCUCGCAUUGUGUUGAGCCAGUGUCACCUUCUUGUGUCAUCUUGUGAGAGUUUAUUUACACUGGGUUGAAACUGGAUCUGACUUUUAUAAUUCUGUUUGUAUUUAAUGUUUGUAAAUCCAUGAAGUCAAAGCUGUACAUGUGCCAUUCUUCACUCCAAUGAGAAGAGAACAAGAUGGAAAAGUUCAGUUGGGUAAGUUGCUUAGAAGACGUGUUCAUUAGCUCGUUAUUGUGUAUGCCCAAUGUGGAUCAAAGUAAUAAGGCAAAGUUGGAUUUCAUUGCACAUUCUCUUUAAACUCGCUCAUGCUACUCAAACACAACCAAACUAAAAAGUCCAAAAAUAACAAAAGCACACAUGUAAUCGCAACCCUUCUUAUUUACCUGUCAAGUGUUUCCAAAUCAUUAAGAUUUUCUCAGCAUCUCGGACAAUGUUCCCCAACGUGGUUGUUAACACCGAGACGUCCUCUUAAGGUUUCUGUUGUUGUUAUUUAAGGGAGAUUGGCCACCUGAAAGAGCGAAAAUGGGGAAGUGGUGAAGAAUCACCAGUCGUCCUGUGUCCGUGACCGAGCGUCUACAAUGAGGUGUUAGAGCAAAUAAUGACCAAACCAAUUUGUAAAUAUGUAAAGGAAUCAAUUUGUUCUUACUGUUGGUUUGAAAUGUCAAAUAGGAAACAUAACACGAACUUGUAGAGAAUAAAAUAUUGUUGAUACAA